ACUACUACUCAAAUGGUGCUGUUUUCCUGCGCGCAGAAAAUAGUUCCAAGAAAUUAUUUGUUUUGUGUGUUCUCUAACUAAUAUUGUUAUUUAACGAGACUGAAAGAAAAAGGUCAUGUUACCGGUUGAAACAAGAAUACGUGUUAUACAAAACUAUUGAGAUGAAUUUUACGAAAUGGACUCGUAUAUUCACACAAAGCGUCUGGGUAUGUUUAUGCAAUCUUAAUAGAUAUGUUUACUGACAAUUUGAACUGAAUGGUGAACAUGGAAACCAGAAACUGCUUACAAAACACGAAACACGACCAACCAGUGGAAGAAAAUAUGGCACCGUCGGAGGAGGUUACCACUGGCAACGCAGACCCGGAAAAUGUCGGAUCUCAGCGAUGUGACGUCGACGAAGACGUCGAUGCGGUAGAAAACCAGGCAGCGCCAACAGCCAAUUUAACGAACUUCAGUAUUAUCGAAAUCCUAAAACCAGAGUUUGGAGCGAAGAAAUUUUCUGUGAGGUUGCCCCCAGCGUUCAGUGACAUCAGUGACCAGGACACGACGUCAACAACAUGUCGAGUGCCGGGACGUCAACAACAACAACGACAUUGUAACUCCUCUGAAAGUGAUUCCGACGAAAAGGUGUUCACGGAAAAAGAUAAACAAAGGAUUGUCUGGCCGGCUUGGGUUUACUGUACGAGAUAUUCCGACAGGCCGUCAUCAGGUCCUCGAAACCGAAAGAUUCGAAGAAAGGACAAGACGAUUGAGGAAAAACGCCCUCGCACGGCGUUUUCGACAGACCAGCUGGAACGACUGAAGAAGGAAUUUGACGAUUGCCGCUACCUGACCGAACAGAGACGGAGAGAGCUGUCCGUCAGACUCCACCUGUCGGAGUCUCAAAUCAAAAUAUGGUUUCAGAACAAACGGGCCAAGAUCAAGAAGACCUCCGGACAUAAAAAUCCGCUCGCUUUGCACCUAAUGUCACAAGGACUAUAUAACCACCGCACCGUUAACGACUGUCACAAAUCGUAGGCGUCUGACCUACGUUCAGCAAGACGUUUGUUUUUUUGUUAUGUUUUUUUUUUUUGCUAAACGUUUGAAAACUGUUUUGAUUGGUUCCCGAAGUGGCCAUUCGGUUUAAUGUGUAGCGAGAAAACCAGUCUAGCUAGCGUUAGCGAUAAACUAUUGGUUGGACUUGCCCCAGCCCAGUCUUCAGCGACAGCGAACGAUGCUAACGUUCAAUGACGAUUUGAUUGGUCCCCGAUGUGGUAAUUUGGUAUGACGUGAAGCGCAUUAACCAGUUUCGCGAACGUUUGUUUGUUGGGUGUUUUUUUUUUUUUUUUAUCGAUCUGGCUAAACUCAGCCCUGGUGGCUGGUAGUCUCGGUUAAUCGAAACUCUUGCCAAAACACAAACCUGUCUAUACUUAACGGUCUCUAUCCACUGAAAUCCCAAAUAAAGGUGAGGUGAACAGUGGCGUAGCGAGGGCACGGGGUCCAUGCCCCCCCCCCCCCCCCAUCAAACCUUUUUGUUUUGUUUUUACUGUGUUAACUUUUAUAAAAUCAUAGAUACAUA